AUGGCCAUCAACUUGGUCCAAGGUUUCCGCACCAAGCACCACCCGAAACACGCUGCUUCGAUCGGGUUGUACCCGGAUGCCAAGUACUUGGUUAUUCGGAUCCCAGACUCUAGAGCAUUGAUGAUCCUUAGCCGUUCUUUGAUUCUGGCUCUCUGCAUAGUCUCGCUGCCGUGUUUGAAUUCCCUCCUUUCAACCGCAACCACUUUUUCUCCAGAAAUAACUACCUCUGACGUCAUGCGCCCCGUUAAUAUCGGGCUCCUGCCUUUGAUCUUCCGCGACUUGGCCAACGAAGGCCUGUUCAAGAGAGGCACGCAUAAGGCUGUUUUUGUGAGCGGCCGCCGAGACGAAGAGGCUGUCAAGAGAUCAGAGAUCCUCGACGUUAAUGAGAUGGAGCUUAUCGACGCUGAAAAACAAAGCUCAAUCCCUGACAACUCAAUUGACUUCGCCUUCGUCUCUUCCUUCCCCACCGCCUCUAAAUUCCUCGAAAGGACCCUUAAAGUUGGCGGGAUCGUCGCGCUUCAGCUUAGCGACAACCCCGCCAGCGGCUUCAAGAAGCCUGAGAAUUACAAGAUGGUGUACUUGAGGAGGUUCGACGCGACCGUUUUGGCCAUGAGGAAGACCGGAAAGGCAUCCGAAACGACUUCUCCCACCCGGAGACGGCUCUUCGCCGAGGAGGCAAAGAAGGAAGCCUUGAAGAAUCUAGAAGACGUGCUUCUCGAACCCCCAAGAGCCUCGUCCUUGAAAUCGAGAAGGUACUUGAAGCGAACAAGGUAUCUCCCGGAUUUGAUGGGUGACUCUCUCGAGAGCUACCCUCGAAGGGUGUUCAUAGACGUAGGAUUGCCAGAGAAGGAAGGCGGGAGCGGGACGGGCUGGUUCGCGAAGAACUACCCGACCCGGAACAAGAACUUUGAGAUGUACAAGAUUGAGACGGUGACGGAGGAGAGCUCCGGGAAGGAGGUGGUUCAGACCGGGAUGUCGGAGUGGCUGAAGAAGAACGUGAAGGAGGAGGAGUACGUGGUGAUGAAGGCGGAGGCGGAGGUAGUGGAGGAGAUGAUGAACACCAAAGUGAUCAAGUUGGUGGAUGAGCUUUUCUUGGAGUGCAAGCCACAGGGGCAAAAUGGGAAGAAGGGUGAUAAUAAUAGUAAUAGUAAUACUAACUAUGUGAGAAGUCGCAGGGCGUACUGGCAGUGCUUGGCUUUGUACGGACAGCUUCGGGACGAAGGUGUUGCGGUGCAUCAAUGGUGGGGUUAG